GGAGGGAAGGGUGGUGGUAGGCUAGGUAAAGAAAUAAAUAAAUAAAUUGUCACGACGAGCCCGCGCACGGUGCCAUGCGCGUUCGCGCGCUCCGCUGCGCACAGACAGCCGGUGCGGAGAGUCGAGAGGAGGAGGGGGCAGAGAGGCAGGAGAGAGCUGCUAAACGCUGGUGGUGACAGAGAAACGGCAGCGAGCGAGCGAGCGAGCGCAUACAGUCUGAGGAGCAGCGGAUGCGACAAGAUGCUGAGAGUCGCCUUGCUGUGCGUGUGCGCCGUCGCCCUCGGACGCGCCUCCGCGCGCUCCGACAGCGGCAAUUUUUUGGACGAUAAGUGGCUGACCGGGAGGUGGGAUAAAUUCAGAGAUGAAGUUGAGGAGCCUGGGACAUGGACUCCUUCCAAGCCUUUCGAUCAAGGUCUUGAUCCUGCCAAAGACCCCUGUCUAAAGAUCAAAUGCGGUCGGCACAAGGUCUGUGUGGCGGAGGAUUAUAAGACUGCCACUUGUGUCAGCCAGAGGAGAGUUAGCUUCAAAGACGCCAGUUUGUACCAGAGUCCGGGGUCAAAGUGCAAACCGUGCCCCGUGGUUCAUCCCUCCCCUGUCUGUGGAAGUGAUGGCCACACUUACUCCACAAAGUGUAAGCUCGACUACCAGGCAUGCAUCUCAGGAAAGAAGAUUACUGUGAAGUGUCCUGGCAUGUGUCCCUGCACCUCCCAGCCUGAGAAGAGUUCGGUAGAAAAGAAAGUGUGCAGUGAGUCGGACCUAAAAGAGGUGGUGAGUCGCCUCAGGGACUGGUUCCGAGUGCUGCACGAGAAUGGCAACCACAAGAGAGUCAAGAUCCAAAAGCCAGAGAAAAGCAAGUUUGAAGUCGGCGCGUCACCUAUUUGCAAGGAUCCUCUGGGGUGGAUGUUCUCCCGGCUGGACACCAACUUUGACCUACAGCUGGACCAGUCAGAAAUCAAGAGUCUGUAUUUGGACCGGAACGAGCCGUGCUCAGAUGCUUUCUUUAGGUCCUGCGAUACUCACCCAGACAAAGUUAUAACCAGCUCUGAGUGGUGCACAGGCUUCCAGAGAUACACAGAUUCUCCGUGUAAAGCGGAGCUGUCUAGUAUGAACAAAAAGCAAGCUGGGAAGAAGUUACUUGGCCAGUACAUGCCAUCCUGCGAUGAGGAAGGUUACUACAGGUCUCACCAGUGUCACAGCAGCAGCGGCCAGUGCUGGUGUGUCGAUCGCUAUGGCAACGAAGUCGCGGGCUCACGCACCCACGGUCCUGCAGACUGCGGCGUCGUUUUGGAGUCUUCCGGGGACCUCGGCAGCGGCGACUCGCUCUUCAGCGACGACGACGACGAAGACUCGUUUGUCCUCAGUGAUCAAGCUGGCACGGACGAUGAAGAUGAUGAGGAUGAUGAUGGGGAUGAUGAUGAUGGGAAUGAUGAGUAUUUGUCAUAAUUUUUUAAGAUAACAAAAAAAGAAAAACAUUUAAAAAAAAAGAAAGAAAGUUUGUAAAAAUGUUUGGUCAAAUUGCACGUUUCUAGGUGACUCCCCAGGCAAAUCUUUCAUUGUUCUAACAGCCUUUGGACUGCUGUCUGUGUAUUUUUUCAUCAGUUAAGUAAAAAAAUAAGCUAUAUUCCUGGGAAAAAAAUAUUUCUAUUCCUAUUUAUGUAGAAAAUAUGGAUGGUUAAUGGCACUUGUUCACUUGUAAGUCAGCCAAACCAGAGAAAACAAGAACUAGUUGCCAAUCGGUCCAUCACUUUGGAUUUGAGACCUUUUUUCCUCCAGCUGAUAGUCUUUCAGUGUCUCCCAUCUUUGUGCAGCACUCUAAUGCCUGAGUGUGUUGAUGCCUGAGGCACAAUGUUAAAGAGAUUUUCCCCUCCCUCAGUCCUCCAUGUUGCUCCUCUCCUCCCCUUACACUUUUAUCCUUAUCAGAUGUUCCUAUGUAUAGGUGGGAUGUUGAUGAUGUAGAUAGGAGAAUAUUGCACUCUUGAGGUUUCUUUUGAUUUCUGUGACUGUAACUAUGUUAAAAAAUAGCAAAAAAAAAGAUAAACAUCAGACAAACUAAGACAAAAGAAAAGAGAAUCCAAGUUCUAGAUAAGGGCCAGAACCGACGCGUCAGAUGUUUGUACCGAUGCACGCAUCACGUCAGAUCAUCACAAAGGCUCAGUGAGACGAGAAAUAUUCCUGCUUGGCUUGUGGUGUGUGGGUGGGGUUUGGGUAUUAUCUAUUUUUGUAAUCCGUCUCUGAAUGAAUCUAUAGUACAAAAAAAAAAAAAUUUGUCUUAGCUCAUCCAUCACUUUGUGAUGUCGUUUUAGGUUACAGAAGCCAAACUUUUGAGGAACUCUAAAUACACGAGAACUUGAGGUCGUUGUAAAUUGAAAAAAAAAAAAAAAAUCCCCUCAGGUCUGUACAGAUACUCCAACAGGUCGUCAAUUCCUUCAAAAAAAAAAGCUCAUUAGAGCUCAGCGUGAGGAGAUUUUAGCACACGGAGAACAAAUAAAUAUCUUGCACAAUGAGUAAACCGCAGAGCCAUGCAGACCUGCUGAAGACGCAGAGUGGAGGUUCAAAGGCUAGGUGUGCCUUUCACUGGUAAGGACAGCUGGUGGUGAUGGAGGGACAAGCAUGCUUACUGGACUGACUUCAACUUGUCUUUAUACUGGAUAAGAGUAGCUUUACUCUUAAUCCCAUUUGGACUUGAGUGUGGGCUUUUUUUGUUUGUUUGUUUGUUUGGGGUCUCUCUUGUAAAGGUGUUUACUCGGCCAUUCAUCCGAUGUUUUAAUUUGUAAUAUAGGAUUACUAGAAUGUAGAGAAGCACAUCGAUGCUUAGCAGUUAAGGCGUAUAAACAUUUAGACUCUGCUGGAUAUGAACAUGUUUUAUAAAUAUAUAUAUAUUAUACACUGGCUAGGGGAAACUUUGGUUUAGACAUCUUGAUUUGACAAAAAAAAAAACAGUUUUUGCUUUCACCGUGUUUUAAAAGCUUCGUUUGUACUUAAUCUGCUCUAAAAACAUUUCAAAUCAGAGGGUUCAACUUUUAGCAAAUAUGUGAGUACCGUUAGGAGGACCUGGGAUCAAUUUUUCACCAAAUUAUUCUGCAAUUUUGGCUCUAUUUUGAAUUAACUUUUCCUUUGAUAGCUUGAGAAGUGCCAUCCAUGUCCACCUUUUUUUUUUUUCUUUUAAUUUCACGUCCUUCAUCGAUGCUUCUCCCACUGAAAUCCAGCUUCAUUUUAUAGACUGAAAGGUGUUUCUGUCAUGGAGUGAGAAGAAGUGAGAGUGAUGACAUGCAAACCAUUUUUUAAAGACCUCAGACACUGUAGCCACUCUCAACCAAUCACACAUCACAGCUCUGAUAGGUAUAGGUUAUGAUACAGAUGCAUUUUUUACAGUGUAUGUAUGUUUUGCUGAAAUAAAAGCUAUAUUGUCCAAUA